ACGACAUGUUUGAAAGAGCCGUUUGGAGUCUGCUGAUAUGGAGCAAAUCAAACAAAGGCGUUUCUCGUUGACCGUGUAAACCACUUAAAUAACUUCGACGUUAUUAUAUUAUCUGGCCAGAUUAUACCGAGUAUCAGUCAGUUAAAUGGAUGUUUAUAAAGUAUGGCGCUGUUUGCUGUGAUAUUUCCCCUGAAUAGACAGCGUGUUUGAUCUGACGAGUUUCGAGCUGAACUGCACAAACAUGAAUAAAGUGAGCCGACUGAAGCUCAGUCCGAAUGAAGAGACGCAGCUGCUGAGAGAAGAGCUCGACAGACGGAGGAAACUCCGAUUACAGCAGGUGCGUGAGCAGGAGCGGUAUAUCGCGCAGCAGGUGCGCAGGGAGGUUCAGGAGAGGAGAAUGAGAGAGCUGCAGAUGCUCGCUGACGUGCUACAGCAGGAGUGGCAGAAGCAACAGACGGAGAAACUCCAAACGCUGGAGAAACACUACGAGGACAGCCUGAGAUCUGUUGGCCACGCGCACCACAGCGCUCAAGAGAACGAGCCUGAUUUAGAGGCUGAGGCUCAGAAGAAUGUGAAACAGCAGGAGCGUGCAGCAGAGAGACAUCGAGAGGCGCUCAAAGAGCUCACGGCACGCAGACAUGAGCAAGAGCAGCAGCGCUGUCGGCACAUUGAAGCACGGAGGAAAGCUCUUGUGCAGGAGAAGAAGAGAGCUGCAAAAGUGGCCAAUCUGCCACCACCGCCUCCAAACCCCGUGGAGAGCAUUGUGAAGAAGACUCCUCAUCCGCUGAAGACAGCAGCAGCGGAACGCUUCUCUGUCACACGCUAUCACAUGACAGAUAUAGCAGUGGACACAGAGACUGACACUGAUCAGCAUGUGGAUGCACAUCAAGCAGCGGAGGUGGAGGGGCAGCGUUUGGAAGAGCUGCAGCGAGAAGAAGCUCGAGAUCGGCAGGAGAAACUGGAGAAAGCACGACUGAGAGGAAACCACGCGCUCAGGAAAGAACAGAACACACAGGAUCGUGCGCGGCUGCUGUGUGAAUUGGAGCAUCUGCAGCAGGCUGAUUUACUGCGGCGCAGGCAGGCGGUGAACAGCAUCCCAGCUCAGAUCUACCAGCCCCUCUUCAGACAGCAGGAGCUCAGAGACGAGGAGCAGCGAGAUCUAGAGAUCGCCUUCCAGGACAUGUACACUGAAGAGAGGAAGGUCAAAGGUGACUUGGUUCUUCAGCUGGUACCAGAGCCUCUUCCCUCUGCUGCUAGUCAUGAUGUGGACCUGGAUGUGACCCUUGACCCUGAAUGUACACCUGCAGCUGAGACAUGGGACACUCCUGAUACCACUGAGACUGAAACACCAGAGUCUUCUGUAGGAGAUCCAGGUAGACAUGCCCUUAGAAGACUGCUUGACCGCAUCAGGAGCCAAAGAGAUGCUGCCGGUCAGCGGCAGAGAACUGCUACAACAACGACAUCUGAAGAAGACACUGUUCCAGAUGUUUUGAGUGUUGAAACGGGAUCUUUAAGCAGCCAGGAACGCGAGCGAGCAGGUGAUGUAGACGAGCGGACGCCCAGCGUAACGCACUCUGACAAAGGUCCUGAGGUAAGCGAUGAACCCAUAGUGGCAGGCACGGUGCUGCUGCCAGUGGAACAAGCUCAUGUAAAGCCCACAUCUUCUAAGACUGACAUGAGCCAACAAACACAUGAGUUGUCGCUUUUAAGACAGCAGCAGGAGCAGCUCGCUCUACUGGAGGAGCUGGAUGAGAAACGGCAUGAUCUGGAGCUGCGCUUGAGAGACACUCAACUGCAGAGACACACGCUGGAGGAAGCCGCACAGAGACAUUCUGGGCUUCAAGAGGUUGUAGCUCUUCCUGAGCCCACUCCAGAGGUUACGCCCGAUGACCUGCGCACCCAGAGACUCCAUCAGUACCAGCAGCGACUCUUGGAGCAGAACAGGCAUCAUAAGAAGUGUGUUGAGGAUGCUCGUCGACGACUGGAGGAAUAUCAACAUACUCUGAAAUUACGAUAUGCCAUAAGAAGAACAACAGUACCACAAAUACUACAACCCUCAUCUGUUGCCUUAGAGACUGUUUGCACUUUACCCCCUGCUAAAGACACUACACCACCUGAUCACCGGUUGGGCCUCUCUCCCACAAGAGACACUAGCUCAACUCCUCCUGUAACUCGGUCACAGCGGCCUUUUGUUAGCCUACCAGAACCCAGUGGAUCUGAUUUGACUCGCCCCUCAGAUACUCGUGUGUUCAGUGCCUCUGAGCCGGAUCAGAUUCCUCUGCCUUCCCCUGCUGUGGUUCUGGAACUUCUGCGCAGCCGGCAGCGUCAGGCCCCACGUGUAGUCGUGCAGUCUGCUGACACCAGCAGGUCUGUUCCGGUGCCGUCUUCUGAUCCGACUGGCUCAGUCCUGGCGGUGAAUGAGAGAGAACAUCCGUCCAUGCAGGCAGACAGACAAGAGCUGGUGAGACGGCACAUGAGGAGACAGAGAGACACCCUACAGGCACUGCUCCGAACAGGACGUGUCCAGGAUCCAGUGUCGUGCACUAGUGGUGUUCAGUCAGAUCAGUUGACUCUGAUGAACACUUUGCUGAAAGCCAUUGAGGAGUCUGACGGUCACACCAAACCCCCUGUAACACCCCACCAGAGCAUUGAGACCCCCACCGCCUCUUUGCCUUACACAAACGGCAGUUUAUAUGACCAUGCCCUAGUGCAUCGUGGGAGAGUGAAGCCGCCGGUGUCUCGUCCACCCGCUCGUCUGGCGUUUCUAAGGCAGAUGGAACAGCACGAACUCAGUGCUAUACAGGAAGUGGACACUCCUGUCAACAUCAGUCUGGAUGCAGAUGUGAGCGACUCCAGCAGUGUGUCUCUGCCUGCUGUCAGCUCUGAAGCCAGUCCCAGUGUGAGUGAAAGGUCAGAGGUCACUGGCAGGGUCAGCAGAAUGUCCUGGAGAGAAGCACUGCUGCUCCAUUCUGCAGACACGCAAAGUCUUUCCAGCAUAAACCACCAGCAAGAGCGGUUUGGCAUGGCUUUGCCGUUUGAUCCAGACUAUUUGUCCUCCACAACCAUCUCAACAGGAAGCUACUCAACGAGUGAACACGAGCCCAAUCAUACUAUUACAGAUGUCUCUCUGAUCUGUAUGGAGCCUGUUAGUGGAAUAGAGAGCUCUGUGUACAGCCCAUCACCCCAAUCCACUUCCUCUAAUGUGACUGGUAACACGCCACAGGAAAUGAGGGAUUCGGUCCAGCAGAUCAUUGAUAAAUACACUAGAGAUCUGGAUGUUUCUCUCAGAACCGCAGGAGGUCACUUAGGUGUGGUGGGCAGUUCUGUGUCUCCAUCCUGGUCCAGUGUCCUUCAACAGGGUGUAGGAGUAAAUCAGCCUUCACUGCAUCAUGGAGACGCAGCUGAGCACAGCAGCUCACUGAACUCUGCUGUAGAUGUGUCCAGCACAGAGCGCUCAGGUGACUUCUUGCCUUUACAUCCCCAUCCAGACAUUGACUCAUCCUCCUCUUCCUCCUCCUCUAGAAAUGUAGUGAGAAAUGAUCCAAGUAGCAGAACACAGGGGUGGAACGAGGCAGUAAACCGGAUUAUGGAGCGCCUUUCGGAUCAGUUGUCCAUCAGACGCUCCAAUCAAGUCCAAGUCUCUACACGGAACCAGCUGACUGAGGAACCAACUAGUGCAUCCUCCUCAAUGUGUAGCAACCAGGAGCGAGCCUCCAAUUUUAGCCACCUGAUCGGUUGCCUCACAAACGUAUCAUCACAGUCCUCUUCAAUUUUGAGUGUCAGGCAGAACUCAAUUGGCCCUCAGAGCAGUGUCAGUCAAAUCUCAAAUAAUUCAGCCUCCCCACAUCCCAAUAACAGCAAUGAAUCUAAUUCAAGUGAUGCAGUCCACGUUUUGAGCCAGUUGAUUGGCAUAGCUUCAAAUAUUGAUUCAUCUCAGUUACUUGAUGAACUUCAGGAAACUACUCUGCAGAUUCCUAACACGGUAGUUAGCACCAUCUCUAGUGAAGGUGGUGGAGGCCCAAAUCUGAACUUAAGUCCAGAGGGGGCUUAUGAGAUGGUGCCAUCAGAAACAAUAUCACCUGCCCUACAGCACCCAGAAAGGGACAGGAAUGAUUUUAGUGACGCCCUACAUGGUGAUGCCUCAGAUUUGUUUCAACCUCUGCCCACUGAGGUCACUCAUAAUGAAUCUAUAGAGUGUUCAGUGGGUGUUCACAUGCCUCUACAAGCAGAAAUGUGUGGCACAAAUAUGAGUGCCUGUGCCCCUGAUGCCUUUGCUUCUGAUUGGCUGGAACCCUCAGACCCUCCUUUGACAUCAUUCGGUCUAGACGGAUCUUUCCAGCAUCUUCGAGCGGAAACACUGAUGGAGUCUCAACCAGACCUGCACAUAUCAAUGGAGCAGCUCUCUCUGACCCAUGAGUCCCUCUGUCAGUCAGACAUUGUGGCUCCUCCCACUGCGAUGGACUUCCGCUGCAUGCCACAGGAAGAAAUCCCUACACUCAAACCCCAGUCACCCUCAAAGGAAGUGCACUCAGAACCAGACUCGGUCAGCAUUGAGACACCAGUGCACCAUUCAACUGUUGAAGAAAACACACUGUCCAGGCUUUGGGAAAGAGUGCAGCAGGAUGUUGAUGUAAAGGGCAUUCUAGAAGAGUCUACAAUCUCAUUUAUCAGUUUACCAGAGUCCACACUACAAGAUCCUGACAUCACCAUCACAGAGGAGUGUGCAGACAGACAGACUGAAGAAAAUAGGCCAUCAAAAGAAAUGGAAGGAAAAUCUGAUUACAGUGCGGAGAAAGUGUCACCCGCUACAGUGGACUGUAACAAUCAGUCAAAGGACCCAGAACUGCCAUUUCCUCAUGCAGUGAUGCUGCUGGAGUUUCAGUCUCCAACCGCUCAACUGCAGGAGGCGUUACUACGGCGACAACAUCUUGCUCAGAGGUCAGCGCGUAGGGCUGCUGAGGUCAAAGCUAAAAGAGCAGAUUCUGGAAAAAUCACAAGUGUCGGGCAGAAUGUGUCCAAACCCACUUUGACUGGAUGUGCUGUCCAGAAAUCAGAAACCGUUUGUAGAUUGAAGAGUGUUGUUGAGGUCAAGAUUUGCACACCUGAGCAGAGACGAUUGGAUGAAACUGCGAUGUACCAGCGCACAGUGAGGUUGUACAAUCAGUUAGAGGAAGUCAAACAGCGGAAGCAGUUUCACAGUCGUCAGGAGGCGUACGCAAAAAACCGAGAGAAAGCCAAAGACUUCCAGAGGAAAACACUGGAAAAACUGAGGGCCAAGCAAAAAAGAUGACGUUCAUUCACAAAUUCUUUUAAGUUUUUAAACUGUUUUUAGGAUCAAAUGUAAUUUUACAUUGUCAAGCACUUUGUAUUCUUGUGUAUUAUUUUAAGUAAAGUUUUA